UCAAAAAUUACUAGUUUUGUUAAAUUUUAAAAACAUCAAUUUCUCUUGUCAGGUACAUUAAUUGGUGAUAUUACAAGUACAUGGUGGAUUAAUUUUACAUUAAUUUUCUAAAACUAGCCAGUGAACUGAUGUUUUUCACCUUCACAUUGAACAAAGUAGAAUAGUUAUCAAGUACUUUAAACUAUCGUUUUGAUACAGCAGCUCAUAACCUUCAGCCCCGGAUCGCCGACGGUGAAAAUGCUCAAAUUGAAGAAAUGCCGUAUGUUGUCAAGCUGAUAAGUUCAACAGGCAUUUGUAGUGGUGCUAUUAUCAGCGAAUCUUGGAUUCUGACAGCAGCUCAUUGCAUAUCACCUAUCGGUACUGAUGUUAAGAUUUUUGCUGGUAGUGACAAAAAAUAUGAUAACUUAACACAAAAGCGAUAUGCUCUAAGCAUACAUAAACAUGACUAUUAUGAAAAAGGAAAAAUAUCUCAGUACGAUCUGGCAUUGAUUGAGGUAUAUAAGUACAUAAAGGUUACUCCUUUUAAAUUGAAUGAAAGAAUCGGCAUAGUGAAGUUGUCAGAUGACAUGUGGCCACAAGGUGACACUAAGUACAACAGGUCAUGUUUAGCAGCAGGAUGGGGGGUACCGGAAGUCGGCCAGAAACUCGUGGCGCAAUUACAAAAGCUUAGAGUCACCGCUAGUCACGGUGACAGAGGUUGCAAAUGCUGGCCAUCUUUUCAGAAUAAAAGGUUGAUAUGCCUGCACGAAAAGUCAGGCAGUGGGAUCUGCCUGGGCGAUUCGGGAAGUGCCCUAGUAUGCGACGACAAAGCCGUAGGCAUAGCUCACAUCGUUUACCUUGUCGAUUCUUGUGAUCCAUUAGCCUUUAAAAAAAUUGAAUUUAAAUGCACAACGACCGCUGGUGUUUAUACAUAUAUAUGUCCUCACUUGAACUGGAUACGCCGUUAUGUCCCAAGUGUUCCUAUGACACCGGCUAGUUGCAGAGGAAGUAAAUACUCACAUAAAGAACUAAUAAGUUUUGUGCUAUUAAAAGUGUUAUUAUUAAUUUGAAACUAGCUAAAUUCUAGGUUUAUAAUUUGAUUUUAAAAUAUUUGAAAUAGUUAUUCAG